AUGUCAUCCGGGCUUGCAUCCGACGAAGUCGCUGAGGACUACAAGAACUCUCUGGAAGAUCUAACCACGAAUGACAGGUUCCAAAUCAGCAAUCUGACCGUCAUAGCGAAGGAGAACACGGAGCAUGCAAUGGCUAUCUCGCGGGUAUUGGAGAAUCAUAUUCGAACAACGCCGCCGACGCAAAAGUUGCCUGCCUUGUAUGUAGUCGACUCCAUUGUCAAGAAUGUAGGGACUCCCUACACUCUCUUCCUGGGACGCAACAUGUAUCAGACGUUCAUGAAUGCAUAUACGUUGGUCGAUUCGCAAACCCGCAGGAAGCUGGAUGAGAUGCUUAAGACGUGGAAGGAGCCUGUUCCUGGUUCACUGGAUACCAGGCCAGUUUUCCCUCCUGAGAUCACCCGUAGUAUCGAGAAUGCUCUUAUCAAGGCGAGAACAGCGGCCCUCCAUCAGCAGCAUGCUAGGGGUCAACAAGAGCUUCUUGGCCGUGGCCGUGGGAUUGCAGGCUGGCCUAGUACUCCCACUCCUCCUCAGCCUGCUCGGUUUCCCACCCCUUCGAGCCAGUCCACUGUGCCCCAACUCAAUAGUAACGGACAUGCCUAUGGCUAUCCCACAUCUGCCGACCAGUACCCUGCACAUACCAUCCUAACAGCUCAAUCGCGUCAGGAAGUCGACCUAGCUGCUCUGAAUCAGGAUAUCGAGGCCCUAAUAAACACUGCUCGCAACGAGUUUGCUACUAAUCCUCUCAAUCCCUCGGUGCAGCAGCGUCUGAAGGCUCUGCUAGACCUUCAAGGCAUUUUGCAACGUCAGGAGCUUACCCAAGACCAGCUUAGACUUGUUCGCGAUCAGGUCUCCGCUCUGGCACCUAUUUCGAUACCAGUGAUCCCAACUCCUCAGACUGUUCCUCUAAAUAUUCCGGCGACAUCAACCCCUCCUGUGGUUCCCCAGCCGCUUCAGCAGCUUCUUAACCCUGGGACUCUUGCUGGGCUCAUCAAAGCUACAGCUACUCGCCAGCAACCUACUCCACCUCCUCAAACGACCAGCAUUCUACCUAAGGUCCCAACGAACAGUAGUGCCCCCCAACCAGCCGUGUCUUCAGCGUCUGAGAACCCCCUCAUCGCAGCUCUGAGAGCUCGAGGGAUCUUGCCUCCAGCCCCCACAGUUAAUCCCAGUUCCGCUGCUCCUACGCCGUCACUAGCAUCGGCUUUGCCGUUAAUUGUUCCUGGUCAAGUUCAAUAUGCACCUCCUACCACGACACCUCAAACAUUCAAUAUUUCUGAUGUCACUAUUGAUGUUAAAAUGAGUACUGCAUCCAUAAAAAUCCCUCGCCAAGCUUUGAUAGCCAGCCUCUAUGAGGCCAGGUCUAACCGAUGUGGAACAUGCGGUCGUCGAUUUUUUGAAACGGAAGAAGGCAAAGAGAAGAAGGCGCGUCAUUUGGACUGGCACUUCAAAACAAACCAGCGAAUGGCGGAUGCUGCCAAGCGGGCUCAGAACCGCAGUUGGUAUGUUGACGAGCGGGAUUGGAUCAAAUCCCGGGAAUAUGAAGACGACCAGGGCGUGACCGAUGGCGAACCUGCUGGUGGAAAUGGAGCUGGGGUUGAUGACAAUGCUGAUAAGAAAGGUCUACCUAAACACUGGAUUCGUGCGCCGAAUGAUGCUGUCCUGCGGAAUACGCCGUGUCCCAUUUGUCAGGAGAAGUUUGAGUCGACAUGGUCAGAGAAUGUUCAGGACUGGAUAUGGCAGGAUGCAGUAAAAGUCGGGAGCCGUGUAUAUCACGCCAGUUGCUAUGCGGAAGUCACCAAAGAUGGAUCUACUCCGGCACGUGGGGGCACUCCUCUGGGGCGAACUGCAACCCCGGACUCUGUGCUAGGCAAGCGGAAGACCGAAGAAAACGAUACUCCUACGCCCAAUGUCCGAAUUAAGACAGAACCCGUUUCGUGA